CUGCUGUUGAGUUAAGAUGCCACCAAACGAAAGUCUUUACUUUAGUGAAUCUAUUUUAUCGAUACAAGAAUCUGUCCCCAAUGAUUUUGAUAUUGAUUAUGUGGGAAAAGCACAGGCUGCGGAUUUCGAAACAGCCAUACAUUAUUCCAAGUUUGGAAAGUUCCAGUACGUCCUUCUUCUAUGCAGCGGAAUUGUUUACGCCACGUGUGCGAUCAGCACGACCACGCUGUCAUUUGUUUUGCCCUCGGCCGAGUGCGAUUUCGAUCUCAAAUCGGCCGACAAGGGAAAAUUAUCUGCCAUGCCUCUGAUAGGAAUGGUUUUUGGCUGCAGCAUUUGGGGCUCAAUUGCUAAUGCUAAAGGCAGAAGAAUAGCCCUAAUGCUGUCUUUAUUGAUAGACUUCGUGGCAGCUGUAAGCUCAUCGAUGGCCCAAACUAUAAAUGUAUUUUUGGUGUGCAGAUUUUUUAACGGUUUUGGUAUUAUUGGAGCUACGAGUUUGAUAUUCUCAUAUUUGGGAGAGUUUCUGUCAAAAAAACACACGGACAAAAUGUUGGGAAAAUUGGAGAUAUUUUGGAAUAUCGGCAUCAUUUUAUUACCAGGAGUCGCGUUCUCGCUGCUGAGGAGAUCUGCUUUGGAGACGUUCAAGCUGUACGAUUUCAGCCCGUGGAGGAUUUUCGUGCUGAUUUGCGGGGUGCCCAGUCUGCUCAGCAUCGUCGUGCUGUGGUUUUUGCCCGAGACCCCCAAAUAUCUGAUCUCCAAGGGGAGAUUUGAGGAGGCGAGGAACGUUUUCCAGGGUAUCUUCAAGUGGAAUACCGGGCAGUCCACGAGUUUGUAUCCUGUUUUAACUCUGGAGGGUGAAUACGAAAACAAUAACAACAAAGAAGAGUUUAAGUAUCCCCUUAAAUACAGACUUUACAAAAAAUGCGGUGACAUGGCAAGAAAAAUAAUUGAUUUCUUUAGGCACUCUCAACUAAAAUACUUGGGAGUGGUCAGUUUUGCCGACUUUGGCCUCAUGGCAAGUUAUUUUACUCUUAUUAUGUGGUUUCCGGAAAUUUUCGAACGUUUCAAUGAGUCCGAGAAACAACAUCCCAACAAAACAGCCACCGUUUGUUCAGUUUCUAGUAUUAAUAGUAGUUUAAAUAACACUCAAAUUUAUUGGGAGGAAAUUUGUGAUCCAACCAUUGGUAAUAGAGUAUUUUUGGAAACAACCAUUAUUGGUCUAAGUUGUAUACCAACUUCGCUGACCUUGAGUUUCUUGAUGGAGAAACUUGGAAAGAAAACAGUAUUAGUUUUGAGUCUCAUAUUGUCUGGUAUAUCUACCAUAGCUUUACUAUGUGUCCAAUCUGCCAUCCAUACAUUAAUAGUUUCUUGUAUCUUUGAAGCUUUAACCAGUAUUUUAGAAUCCGUUCUGUUUUGCAUUGUUGUGGACAUUUUUCCCACCAAUAUAAGAGCAAUUGCUUUAUCCAUAACAGCAACAUCUGGAAGGUUGGGUGCCAUUUUUGGAAAUGUUAUAUUUGGUCUCCUCAUAGAUAAAGACUGCAUAAUACCAAUUUAUUUAUUUGGUUUUAUGUUAAUUUUUAGCGGCAUUCUUUGCCUAAUAUUACCAAAAACCGAUAAAUACAUACCCAUAGAAUGAAGGAUGGAUAUACAGGGUGUUUCAACAGAAACUUGAAUUAAAAAAAAAUCAAGUUUUUGUUAAAAUUAAAUGGUUUUUUGACUGAAGCAACUAAAUGUGAUUAUUAAAGAUUACGUUUAAGUAUUUUUUAUAAAAAAAAUAUUUGUAUACUGGAAUAUUAGAAAAU